ACGGGAAGGGCAGAGGUCGCGAGAGGACCGUGUUCUCGCAGUCUUUCCUCGUUACUCCGCCUGCCCCUCCCUCCGCGUGAAUGUGCUGUCGGUGUGCGGGAGCAUGCGAGUGGUGGGCGCGCUGGAUUUGCCGUCCAGCCGCCGGGACGUGGAGGAGGGGCCGGCACUGAGGGGAAAAAGCUUAACUGUGAAGAUGAUAGAUCCACUAGCAAACAACUUGUUUGACCUUCCUGAGUAUGAUGCUACAGAAGAUGAAACAUUUCCACCUCUUUCACCUCCUUCCUCCCCAGGGAGAGAUGAUGUUGAAGGAGCCCUCAUCAAUGAAGAGCAAGAUGGAAAUAAACCAUCCCAAACGAAGGAUUCUACUGUGUCUACACAGAAAGCAGUUAAAAGGCCACUACCUAAAUUAGAUGCUCAAAGGUUAAUUUCAGAGAGAGGACUUCCAGCCUUGCGACAUGUAUUUGAUAAUGCAAAAUUUAAGGGUAAAGGACAUGAGACAGAGGACUUGAAGACACUUUUAAGACACAUGGAACACUGGGCUCAUAGGCUGUUUCCGAAGCUGCAGUUUGAUGAUUUCAUUGAGAGAGUAGAGUAUUUGGGAAAUAAAAAGGAAGUUCAAACCUGCUUAAAGCGAAUUAGACUUGAUCUUCCAAUUUUACAUGAAGAUUUUACAAGUAAUGAAGGUAGUAGAGGGGGAAAUAAUGGGCUCAAAAUGUCUCCUGAAGAAGAAUUAGACCCCUUUUCUGAAAACGUGAAGGAAGAAUUUGAUUCUCACUCAAGUGCUGCCCUAACAGAGGAGCAACAGCGAAGAAUUGAGAGGAACUGGCAACUAGCCUUGGAAAGAAGGCAGGCAAAGAUGCAAUUUAACAGUCAGUCACAAGAAAAUGAUCUGUCUGCCACCCAGCCAAAUGAAAAGUUUAAAACAAUUGAGGCUCAGGAUCCAGAUGACCUGGCAGUAGUAGAAAUUCAAGCUGCUGAAGCUAAAGUUGCUGACAUGGAAGCUGUGGACAAAGAUAUACAACUUAAAUGUGCAGAAGAAAUCAAAUAACCUUUCUGUCUGGAUACAAUGUUUUAGAAGGACCCAGAUAUCUUAAUAUGCUCAAGUGUCAUUGACUUCUCUUCCCCCCUACCCUUGGACAUUCUAUGGAAAUCUUAUUCAUGACAUCUAUGUAACUGGACAAAAUUAAUCAGUUUCCCUGUGUAAAAAAGCAGAUAUCAGCUUUAGUAGCUGUUUUCAACACCUUAAUUCAGGAAAGGAACAUAACUAUUCUACAUUUCAACUGUUUUUUAAACUAGCUUUUUUCACAGUGUCAAAAGGUAUCAGUGAAAGCAGACAUUAAUUUCUUGGAACUAUACUAUGAAGUGACUAUUUUUUACGAUUGACAUUCCUGAAGCUUAACUUACGUGGGUCUUGAAAGCCUGAGUUCGUAUAAAGUUUUUUACAUCCUGUUUUUUUUGUUUUUUUAAUAGAACAUAAGUGAUGGUUCAGUAUCAGGAACGUCUUGCUUAGUAUGAACAUUCACCCUGUCUUAACUGUUCUGUAGCAUUUUGUAACAAUACUUCAUGUUAUGAAAUGCUUAUUUUAGUAAAUUAUUUUAUACAGCACCUUGAAAGUUAUUAAAUUUUGGAAACCAAAUUU